GCCAAUGUCUAUUUGACUGAUGGAUUGACGAAUCAACAUAAGACGGCAUCCCUUCCGCAGUCAAUAUCGGGAAAGGGCUUGCUCGAGGUGGCUUCUCGCGGUGGUGACGACUUCUGCGGCCCUUAUCAACUACACAAAUCCUUCGCUAAUAGCGCAGAGAUAAUUGAAAGUACACCCAGCGUCACCACUUCCCCGGUGAAAGGGAGCGAUGAAAAAUGUACGCCUGAACAAGGAACAGUGUCAACUGUGGGGCUGAGACAGGAUAUCGAGAUAUCUACAGGUCAGUUGGACAGUAUAACUGCUACGGCUUCUAGAGAAAAUUACCCGAAUUCUUCCAAUAUUACUAAAACCAUAACCAGUGAGAAUAUUCCAAGUGAACACAACCCCUCGGAGCCCAAACCUCUUGGAUUUAUUGGUUAUCAUGGAGAUGACCAAUAUGGCGUUAAUACAGCCUGGGCUACCCUGGAGUCAGCGGGGGCGGUGAGUUGCAGUGGCAGCGAUACAACCGGUAACAGUGCUAGCAGCAGGAAACAUUAUGUAGGCUGUUGCCCAGUGGCUAGUGGAGAGCAUUGGAUAGGCAGUUGGUUAACAAAAUCGAGUCAGUCAGUAGUGAUCGAUGGCAAGCAUGGCAAGUCAACGGUGAGUGAAACCACUGUCUUUGCUUGUAAUUAA